AUGAAUGUGGUUCCGGAUCGCAAUUUCCUAUUUCAAAUAUUUCAAAAAGUUGACCGAGAUAGGAGUGGUGCCAUAAGUGCAGAUGAAUUACGGGCCGCGUUAUCCAAUGGUACGUGGAAUCCCUUCAAUCCAGAAACCGUGCGCCUCAUGAUCGGAAUGUUUGACAAGAACAACUCAGGAACCAUCGGAUUUGAAGAAUUCGGUGCGUUAUGGAAGUACAUCAACGAUUGGCAGCAAUGCUUUCGAUCCUUCGAUCGUGACAACUCAGGGAAUAUCGACAAGGCGGAACUCAAGCAUGCUUUGACGACUUUUGGCUACCGUUUCAGUGAACAAUUUUUUGACGUACUCCUCACGAAGUUCGAUAGAUCAGGAAGAAAAAUUAUCUUCUUCGAUGACUUCAUUCAAUGUUGCGUUACUUUGCAUAUGCUCACAACUGCGUUCCGUCAGCAUGACACGGACUUGGAUGGAAUCAUUACUAUUUCUUACGAGCAGUUUUUAACGAUGGUGUUGAGCGUUCAAAUCUGA